AAGCGACAGUUGAGCCGGAAGUGUUUCUUCUCCGCGGUCGCGCUAUGAUUGAAUCGGAGAAGAACAGAGGAUGAGGAGGGACAACAUGUCCGAGACCCCUAUCGAAGCGGGAAAGGAGAUGCCGACAAAAAAGCAGAAAUUGAGCAGUGAUGAAAACAGUAAUCCCGAUAUCUCUGGAGAUGAGAAUGAUGAUGCUGUCAGCAUUGAGAGCGGGACCAAUGUAGAGCGACCAGACACACCCACCAACACAGCCAACGCUCCAGGCAGGAAGAGCUGGGGCAAGGGAAAGUGGAAGUCCAAGAAGUGCAAAUAUUCAUUUAAAUGUGUCAACAGCCUUAAGGAGGAUCAUGGCCAGCCAUUGUUUGGGGUCCAGUUCAACUGGCACAGCAAAGAGGGAGACCCACUGGUGUUUGCUACUGUGGGGAGCAACAGAGUAACCCUGUACGAGUGCCAUUCCCAAGGAGAGAUCCGACUCUUGCAGUCGUAUGUGGACGCCGACGCCGAAGAGAACUUCUACACUUGCGCCUGGACCUUUGACACCAGCACCAGUCACCCUCUGCUGGCCGUGGCCGGCUCACGGGGCAUCAUUCGGGUGAUCAACCACAUCACCAUGCAGUGCAUCAAGCACUAUGUGGGUCAUGGGAAUGCUAUUAAUGAGCUCAAGUUUCACCCCAGGGACCCCAACCUCCUGCUUUCUGUCAGCAAAGACCAUGCACUUCGUCUUUGGAACAUCCAAACGGAUACACUGGUGGCCAUCUUCGGAGGUGUAGAAGGCCACAGAGAUGAGGUUCUCAGUGCAGACUUUGACCUGCUGGGGGAGAAGAUCAUGUCUUGUGGGAUGGACCACUCUCUGAAGCUCUGGAGGAUCAACUCCGAAAGAAUGCAGAAAGCCAUUCACGGGUCCUAUGAAUACAACCCCUCCAAGACAAACAGACCAUGGGUCUCUCAGAAGAUUCACUUCCCUGACUUCUCUACCAGAGACAUCCAUAGAAACUAUGUGGACUGCGUACGCUGGCUUGGAGAUUUGAUUUUAUCCAAGUCGUGUGAGAACGCCAUAGUGUGUUGGAAACCAGGAAAGAUGGAGGACGACAUCGACCGCAUCAAACCGAACGAGUCCAACGUGACUAUCCUGGGUCGCUUUGAAUACAGCCAGUGUGACAUCUGGUACAUGCGCUUCUCCAUGGACUUCUGGCAGAAGAUGUUGGCUCUGGGAAACCAAGUGGGGAAACUGUAUGUGUGGGACCUUGAGGUGGAGGAUCCUCACAAAGCCAAGUGCACCACCCUCACCCUCCCCAGGUGCACUUCCGCUAUCCGACAGACCAGCUUCAGUCGCGACAGCAGCAUCCUGAUCGCGGUGUGCGACGACGCCUCGAUCUGGCGCUGGGACCGCCUGCGGUGAGGACAACGUCGGCCUAGUCCAUGACUGGGCUGACCGGUCACUUUUGCUGUCAGAAAAACCAGAGACAUUUUCCAGGUACACGUUCUGUGCUUCGUUUGCACAGAUGUUUCAGAUCUUUCUGUUGUUUAGGAAGCUUGACUCUGGAAGCUAUCCAAUGUAACGGUGCUAUGUUCUGCACAGAAAGAUGUGUAUCUGAAACACAUUUAAUCUUUUCUGAUUUCCUUCCCUGGAUUAUACCUACACCGUUUUAAAACCACAACGGUGAAAUGGAAGAUGCAACAUUUUGGGUGGAGGGGAUGGGGGAACCGCCUGCAAUCCCGGAGCCCUUCAAGCUUAUUUCUGCCACCUUGCUAUUUACAUGUAGUCCCCCAUUGCUUGCUUUUGUCUUUUUAAUGGGCUUUAAUAAAAGCUAUUUUUCCAAG